AUGUCUCUAUCCAAUUUGAACGCCACAACAGAACUCCAGGUUCUGGAGGUGUUCCUGAAAUCUACUACAUCCUCCGUCAUACCGCUACUGCUCUUGGAGAGCGUUAUAAUGGGUGUACUGUGUGCGAUCGUUCCUCUCGGGUCGUACAUGUUGUGGAUCAGAUCAGUGGCCGUGCCUCGCGGACCAUCCAUAUCCAUGCUCUGGCUUAUCUUGGCUUCCUUGAUUACGCACUGGGCUCUAUCGUUGCGGCAAAUCGAGUCGACCUUGUCUGGGCGGACCUUGGGCCUCUCACGAACUUUCUAUGGCUUCAUUGAUGCCGUCUCUGUCGAGCAAGGGGACCCUGAUUUCGUUCAGUCGUACUACGACUAUGCCUCCGAUUUCCAAUAUCUCCUUCCCCUUGUGACAGAAAGCGUGCUCUUCGGAUUUGGCUCGUUCUUGUUCGCGGUCACAGCUUACACGAGCUUCCGGCAGGUUCAUCUACAAAGCAGUUCGGUCUUCACACUAGCCAUUCCUGCCCUGGCUUCAUUGAUGUAUCUUCUAUCGCUGUCGCACUGGGCUGUUUCUAUCCGAUGUUUCACUUGGGUGGCCAGCGUCUCAGCUCGGACUGGAGACUCAUGGCCCACGAGCAUUGAUACUCUUGGAGUGGUCCUCCUGGCAAUUCUCUCCUUUAAUGCGGUGUUAAGCGACUCUAUCGUUCUUUGGCGGAUGUCGAUUGUCUGGGAGAGAUCGCGCCCAGUCGUUAUCCUUGCGGCAGCGUUAAUCACCACGACGUUAGGGCUCAACAUCACGAACCUGAUCAGGAACUCCCGCAACCGCGAUGUGGUCUAUAAUGGUCAGAUAUACGACAACGUUCAUGACACUGAGGUCGUGUCGACAUAUGGCGGUGACAGCGUUGGUCUUGCUGCAGCGUUCUUGUCGUUGGCUAGCAACUUGUGCGCGACCAUACUAGUCGGUGUCAGAGUCUGGUUGCACAAACGACGUAACUCUAAGCACCUCCACUCUGACAACCGUCGGACGUUGGUGGAACGCUUUCUUGUGUUGCUUACGGACUCCGGAGUCGUGUACACGGUUUUAUGGAUCCUGUACUGCAUAAGCUUCUUUCAUCCGAUAACAUCGCAAGUCGUGCUCGGCGCCAAAUCGCAGGACAAGUUUCCCCUCGUGACGGCUUCAGGCUAUCUUGACGCGGCCAUGGCUCAGCUGACGUCGAUCUAUCCCUUUGCCGUGUUCAUACUCGUCGCCCUUGAUAAAGUACAUCACUCGCGUGUGGUACGGCCCCAGAUCUUGCGCAACAACGACUGGCCCAAGGAGAGAACUCCCGCCGUCACUGUCACCCUCGAGGUCGAAAUCGAACGUGGCUCGACCCUUGGCCAUACAGUGGCUCUCCCGGACACCGGCAGCUCUACCACCGCAGUGGAAUCGGACACAAAGGUCGCCAGCGCUGAGACGCCAUAA